AGUGAAGCUGCUCAACAUUGACAUUACAUUCAGUCGUCUGAUUCCCAUAGUUUUUUUGUUAUGUUCCAUUAUCAACCAAUAGAGGUCGCUCUUGCUUGUUAUCAUAGCAGGAGCGGACCAGUUGAUCGACUGAGAUGGUGGAGAUCUCAAUUGCAUACUGCUCACGCCCUCGUCUCCUUAAAACCUAUUGGAUGAGAAAGUCAGAGCUCCGUCCACUCUGACCUUCUCCUGUAAUGAGUUUUGAGAAGGAGACGAGCAGAGGACGCGAGGAGAUCUUCCCGAGGACUAUGCAACUGCUUUCUGUUCAAAACGAUCAUCAUAAUUGUGAUUUGCUGCGUUACAACAUGAGACAUUUGCUUAUUAAUGAAUUGACAUGCAUUGCAGUAACCUUUUUGCAAACUAAGUAGCAUUCAGUAUGUGGUUACAUUUAUUAUUUGUAGAAAACUGAAAAGGUGUCGGAUAGGACCAAAUUUUGAUUGUUGGAUGCAGAUUUUAUCCAUUUAAUCAGUGUGUGGCUUUCAGAAUUGUUGUGGUUGCAUUGUAAAAAUAUGAAGAACCAAUCAAAUCUGAAACAGUUCAGUUGAGAUUAAUCUAUAUUUUCUCAUUUAUGUGACCUGUGCGGCAAAGUCUGAUCAAAGUCUGUGAACUCUAUUCCUCCUCUGAUAUUCGGUGCUCCGCCUGCAGGUCCAUCCUGGCCAAGGAAAAGUUCAUCUGGGACUGGCCAAUGCUGUCAUCUCAUUGGCUGAAUGGAAUGCCUGGAGGUGGUGCCUAGGAGGAGAUUAAAGGCAUGUCUCUCUCUAAUGAAAGGGGAAUUGAACAGCUGUGACGUUGCCACCCACCACCAAUCCAAAGAGAACUCUCUCGCCCUUCCUCUCUCUCCCCCUCCCUUGCUCUCUCUUCAUCUCCCUCUCUCUCCAUCUCCCCAUCAUCACUGCAUAUAUAAUUACUGCCAGCCUGGAUGGGGUCAUGUGACAUUUAAAUACCUUGGGAUUUUCAACUGGGCAUGCUCCAUUGUAUCACUUGGCCACUUCCCCUCCUCCUCUUCAACUCCUCCCUCUAUCCGUCCCUCCUUUAUUCAUCCUUUCCUGAGGAGAGGAUGCCUAUUAUUGUCCUGUAUCCCUGCUCAGUCACGCUAGAGCCUGUAGUUACUGGGGCUACUGUCUCUAGCUGUAUCUCUGUUUCUUUCUCUCUAUGGUUCUCUGGCUGACAGAGCUGUCUUUACCCUGUACUGUGAGGGUGUGGAGGGAUAGAUAGUGUGUUAUUCCUCGUUCCUCUCCCAUCUCCUGAUGUCUAACUGGACUGACUGACCGUCUGCUGCUCAAUGCUCUCUCCUAGAUGGAUGAAUGGAUAGAUGUACACGGUUCUAGCCUGUCUGUCUAACACCUUCAUUGACUGGCUGACUACAGAGGAGGAAGGAGGAGGGACACCGCAAAAAUCAAUUCAGCAGGUGGCUGCCAAGCCUCUCCACGCUGUAGGAGAUUACUAAGAGGAAGACUUCAGACUCACUGAGGAGAACACAAAGAGAAGGAGGGAUACAGACAGAAAAGAGAGAAAGGAAACUGCAAGCCAAAAUGAUCUGAGUGGACCAGCUGGACAGCCAGUGAGCCAGAUCCAGCUGGAGGAGACUGGAACCAUUCACACAUACAUAACGAGCUGUGAUUUGGAGAUGAAUGGGAAGGCGGGGGGUAGAGGACCUGUGAGUUCACCCAACGACAUCAACUCCAACAGCUCCACCAUGGUAUCAGACCUAUCCUCCCCUGAAUCCCAGACCCAGUCCCAGCCCUUCACACCCCGGGCAUCUCGUACUCCAAGGAAAGCUGCUACAUUUGGGAAACGUUCUAACUCCAUGCGGAGGAACCCUAAAGCGGAGGUGACCAAACAGGGCUGGCUAUACAAACAGGCCAGCAGUGGAGUGAAACAGUGGAACAAGAGAUGGUUCGUCCUCACUGACCGAUGCCUCUUUUACUACAAAGACGAGAAGGAGGAAGGAGUGUUGGGAAGUCUUCCUCUGCUCAGCUUUGGGAUUGGAGGAGUGCAGACGUCGGAUAACAUCAGCCGAAAGCACGCCUUUAAGGUUUGGUACGAGGAAGAGGAGGAAGGUGAGAUUAAGGGCCACAUUGUGUUCUGUAUGCAGGCUGAACACGCAGGAACACGCACAUACUACUUCAGCGCUGAGACUGCUGAGGAACAGGAGGAGUGGGUCGACGCCAUGAACGAGGCAGUCCACAUACUCCCUUCAUGGAGGACCACCAACUCAGAGGCCACCACACCCACAGCGGAACUCCAUGGUAACACCUUGGUAACCAAAGGACCUGAACUACACACCCAGACACACACAUACAUCGAGGACAACAGCCAGACGACGGACUUCCAAGACCCAGAGCCCGGACCACGAAAACCCGCCCAUCACAAGGUCAACGGGGUCGAUGCCAUGGAAACGCCCCUUCCCUCCACCAGCAACUCAGAGCAGGAGGGGAGGAUGGAGGGAGAGAGGACAGGAGGGCCUGGACCUGGGAGUGCACACCAUCCUCAUCACCAACCUAAUGGGUUUGGCUCCUACGGUCCCCCAAACGGACCCCCCCAGGGUAACGGGCGGCCGCUCCAGGGACCUCCAGAGGGAGGGAUGACAGAGAGGACGGAGGUGAGGGAGCAGCCUGAGAAUGUGGUGCUGAGACGGGGCUUUGUGCCACGGACGAACCCUGAGAGACAGGCCCAGAGGAAGAGCUCCAUGACCCAGCUACAGCAGUGGGUCAACCAACGCAGAGUCAUGGCUGUACAGGAGGACAUGAACAGUACCUCCCGUUACUACACAGUGAACCGGGGUGUUCCAGCUGACUACUACAGCAUCUACGGUAGCGUGGUGGGUGGUCUGGGCUACGUGGAGCAGUACCCCCUCUACCCCUUGGGCGUACGCCCUGACAGCAUCUGCUCUGUGUCAGCCGUGGGCUACGACCGCCUGGGCCCCCCUCGCUGGACCAAUGAGGACAAGAGAUGCUCACUACGGGAUGGACCCCCGCCCCCUCGAGACCCAUACGGUCCCCCACCCGGCCCUGCCUAUUACAACCAGAUGGAUGUAGCCCAGACCUCCAUGAGGCGUCUCUCCAUUCAGCCCAGGUCUAGGUCCGUCCCCAGGUCCCCCUCCUCAUCCUCGGGUGGUCCCUGCUCACCCGGCCCUCAUAGCUUUGCCUCGCCCAUCCGCUCACCCUCGGCCCGGUUUGACAGAGGACCAAGCAGGCUACAGGAGGAUGUGAUCUACGCUGACCCCUCUGUGUACGGACUGAGGAGAUCACUGAGCUCACCCAAGUAUGAUUACCCUGGAGACAGGAGGUCGCUAAGCCAAGGAAUGUACCACUACAACUACCCUGCCUCCCCCUCUCUCCACAGCAAAAUGGUGCCUCCAUUCCAUGACCCCUACAGGGAGCUGCACCCUACACUGAAACUCAACGAGAUGGAGACCAGCAAACUUCUGGGUCGUCUGUGUGAGCAGAACAGGAUUCUAAAGGACCAGGAAGCAGUGGUCCACAGGCUGAGGAUGGACAAGGACAGCCUAGAGGGUGCGCUGGUGGCCACACACCAGGAGAUGGAGCUGUACCGGGGUCAGCUGCUGGCUGCAGACAAAUUACAGCUGAAGAAGGAGACACUGCAGAACCAGCUCAUCAACAUCAGAGGAGAACUCUCCCAGGCAUCCAGCGUUCUGACCACCAGUCGGAUGGAGUUUGAAGCUUUGGAGGACGAGGUCAAUGCUAUCCAUGGAGACCUGUGGGAACAGCUCAACACAGGCGGGCAGAGUGAGAUGAUCCACAGACACAUUCAGAAGGAGUUCUGGAGAGUUCAGGAUGUGUUGGAGGGACUCCACAAGAGCAACCUUUCCAGAGGCACAGACACAGCCAAACACCGGGUGGCCAGUGGAGCAUCAGGUUCUUUUAGCACCAAUAGUCCUGACAGUCCCAUGAGCUCAGUAAGCCUCACCAGUCCACUCAGUCCCUUCUCCCCAGUGCUCUGUUCGCAGGCCUCCCCCUCCAAACAACUGGGUCCGGAGGACAUUGGCCCGCCACGGCCACCACUUCCCAAAUCCUACUACCCCCUGGAGUCGCUCCCCUCCCUUCCCCCCUCCCUCCCCCCUCUGCCCUUCGACAGCUCCACCUGGCUACACAGCCUGGGCCUGGAUGACGGUUACCUUGACGAUGAAGAGUCCCGCGGCAGAAAGCACAAGUACGGUUAUCGACAGGACAUGUCACCGGAAGAAUGGACUAAUAACAACGAAGCUCAGGAGCUGGAUCAGGAUCGACAGGCCAACAUGAAUAAAGUGGGGAUCGUUCCUCCCAGGACUAAGUCUCCCCUAGAGGACCAGGGCCAAUCCUACGACCAUGGAAUCUCCCAACGCAACUGCAAGGUGCCUAAUGGAAUCUCCAGGGAGCGUCCGAAGAGUGCGGUGUUUCCGGCGGAGGUGAAGUCCAAGAUGAGCGUUGAGGAGCAAAACAAGCGUAUCCGUAGGAACCAGAGCAGCUCCGUCAGGGACAAGAGACGCAGCCUGAACCUGGGUAGCCAGGCUGGUACUAAUUACAGAGUGGUGAGGCGGAGGCUGACAACCCAUGAGGUGGACAUCAAUGACCUGGAGGCUGCAGUACGGGGCGAGGGGGUACAAGAGUCACCCCGGGAGGAGAUUGCUCGCCUCAGACGGAUACAGAUGGAACCUGACCAGUACAACCUGGACAUCAGCAAAGAGCUGUGUACUCCAGACAAGGUUCUGAUUCCGGAGCGUUACCUGGACGUGGACACUCCUCUCAGCCCAGAGGAGCAAAAGGAGAAACAGAAGAAAGUAGAGAGGAUCAAGACGCUCAUUGCCAAAUCAAAUCUCCAGAACGUGGUUCCCCUAUUGGAUGGUCCUACUGAGGGGGUUGGUUCCCACCACCAGGGUAACCCAGAGCAGCAGCUCCAGGACCAGGAGAAGAGGAUUGAGAUCUCCUGUGCCCUGGCCACCGAGGCCUCACGACGCUCCCGUCUGCUCUCCGCCCAGUGCGCCCCCAGCCCCCUCACCUCCCCGACCAGCCUGGCCCCUCCCCCCUCCUCCACUGGUUUCUCCGACUCCGCCCACAUCAUGAAGGUGUGAGUCUGUGAAGCUCAAGCUCUGGCUGCCGUUAGGUUUGAUGGAGCAUCCUUCUGAGGAUCCACUGGAAUAUAAAGAAUAAGCCCAAAGAAACUGGUUUUGUUUAGUCUCUGACCGCACGCCCGCCGGUGUAUAAACCCAACGACUUCCACAACAACACAACAGGAAAAAGGAAGCUGUCACAGGAAGUCUGGAAAGUUGGCCACCUGAGGACGUCUUCAAGCCAAACAGACUAAUGAUGGAGAAACGUAAACUUAUGUGCACACCUCCCACCCACCCCAGGGGCUGCUAUAACAGCAAUCUCCACUCUCCCUCUGUCAAUUACCACACUUACACUCUUCCUCUCAGCCUAGGCCUGGUAGAAAAGAGCUUCUCUAUGAGGGCAGGAAAAGCAAACAAAACACAAUGUUGUAAUUUUCACAAUUUUCGGUGUACACAAUUUUUUGAAGCUACUAAACUAGCCAUAGAGCAUGGGGUGUAUACAGUACAUUACUCUAACAUGGCCUCCGCCAUGCUAAACAGACAGUGAGACAGUGUUUCUCUGUUACUCAGCUCAGAACGGUAUCUGCUAUGGAAAGAUUAGAAGGACCACAGAGACCAGAAGCCAAGGACAGUAGAGUUUUGUGACUGAACGGUUCAGGAGGGCACUUAUUGUAUGUGAUGCACAGAUCUCAGUUAAGAUGAUUAGGAAAGAGGACUGGCUGAGCUGGACUUUAGGAAGAAUGGAUGAAUGUUUUUAUUGGUGCAGAGAGUAGUAGAACAAAUCAGAGACUGAUGUGUUUAGUGUAACAGAAAAAGGUCACAGAGGAGAAGGAGGUGAAUGGAGGGUGGUUCAAGAACCAUAAAGAGAUAAAAGUAGUAACAGUAACAGAACGGUACCAGAACAGAAUGCGGCAUCUUAAGAGCAAUGUGGUCUUCUCUCUAUUUGACCCCUGGGUCAUAUAGUCUUGAUUCUGAUUGGCCCCUGGGUCAUUGUCUCUAACUCAGUUAAACAGCCCUUGACCCUCAGAGGCUAUUAGUGGGGAGAGCUGUACUGCAUGCAAGCACAGUGUCGCACAGUAAACACACACACACCCUUCGUUCCCACCUCAAUCCACUGGUGUGGAUGGGUGUAUAGCAGUGCUUGAUGUGCCCCCCCCCCCCCCCCCCCCCUCCCCCUCUCUAUUCCUUUCCAACCCUCUCAUCCCUGGUGAGGAACACACCUGUUGAACACUUACCUGACCCACUGUUCCUGCCUCCCAGCCCCUUCUCCAGGCUUGGCUAUCCCCUUCGGUUCCCUCUUCUGCCUACACCCCGAGCUGGUUGGAACCUGGAUGUGUAUGUGUGUGACUGUCUACAGGAAGACCCAUUCUGACUCUGGUAACUGUGAAUCUAGAUGUAAGUAAAGCCCAAACACCUUUAGCAAUAAAGCCACUGUCUUCUCUUACUCCUCUCACUGCUAGGACCUUUCUUCAGUGGUAUAGUACGUCAAUAGCUAAAUGUCUGGAGAAAAUCCAUGCAUACAGUACCAGUCAAAAGUUUGGACACACUUACUCAUCCCAGGGUUUUUCUUUAUUUUUACAAUUUUCUACAUUGUAGAAUAAUAGAGAAGACAUCAAAACUAUGAAAUAACACACAUGG